AUGAAUCCUUUAAAGUUUAUGCUGAAAGCCGACAAAGAAUGUUGUGGCAACGUGGCUAAACGCACCACGAAGGUUGGAAUCGUGGAUAAAUAUGGUGCCUCCCUCAGGAAAAUGGUGAAGAAAAUUGAAAUCAGCCAGCACACCAAGUACACUUACUCCUUCUGUGGCAAAACCAAUAUGAAGAGACAAGCUGUGGGCAUUUGGCACUGUGGUUUCUGCAUAAAAACGGUAGCUGAUGGUGCCUGGACCUACAACACCACUUCUGCUAUCACAGUAAAGUCAGCCAUCAGAAGACUGAAGGACUUGAAAGACCAGCAGAAGUGCCACCAUUUGAUACGUUGCUAG